AUGCCGUCCAGUGUUCGCUCGGGCCAGCGCGCGGCCGUGCGGAGGGCAGAUGUCGCCCCUCAAUCCCUUGGUCUCGAGGAGGAACUCUCCUUCGGGUCUGACGAGGAUCUGAUGGAAACCAUUGGGGAGAUCGAUGUCCCGACUGCUCCUUCCACGCAGGAGCUGGGUGCAUUGAAGAAGACGCAGGUGAAUGCUAGCACGAAUAGCCUGAAACGACCAGGCAAGUCGUCAAAGGCGUCUACCCUUUCCCUCAGGUCGCACAAGAGCAAGGUCACUGAGGCUUCGCUUGCAUCCUCGACGCACCUUCUCCCUCCGCUGCCGCCAGUGCCUUCAGGUUCGACACUAGACCUGCCCUCUGAGAUGUUCGGAGACCGGGAUGGAGAGACGGGAAGCGUCGGCAGCCGGAAACACCACAAGCGGGGCUCGUUAAUGGGCACUUUCAAGUCGGUGAAAGGGCUCCGCAAAUGGAGGGACGACCACAGCAACAAGAGCUCCCUCUUCUCCCACGAGUCUAAUUCGCCGCAGACAAGCACUCUGUCACUCUCCAAGAUGGGAUCCAACACCUCAUCGCGGCCUUCCUUGGCUUCGUCGUACGCCCAGAUCCCGGUCACACCUGCAUACAGCGCACCCCAACUUGCGCAUCUGAACCUGUCCCACUUGUCCUUCGAACAACCACCAACAAAAGGUUACCCGAACGCUGGACCGCUGCCCGACCUCUACAGCAAGCAGCAGCCUCGCUACGAGCCAUCACUCGGCAACAGCUCCGUCACGACCGAUAGCAGUGCCCCCGUCGAGACACCUCCGGUUUCUGCCCCCAAGGUCCGUGCGUCGUCGUCCUGGUACCGCUCGGAGCUCUCGUCAGCGAUCCUCCCAGAGUUCCCUGCGACAGUCUCCCAGCUGCAGCCGAUCACGGUCCUCACAGUGCCUGCGUCGUUCCGGCAGAUGACGCAGAACCACAACGGUCGCCAGAUUCGUUGGGCUCCGUGCACACUCGUUUUCACCUGCUUCAAGAUGUCUGUCGACGACAAGCCGCGCGGUGCGGCCGACGAGCACUCGGUCGCGCACAUUCACGUUCUUUCUGCGCCUUCCUCGCCGCGCGGACUCUCAAGCGCCCACAGCGUUGGCAGCCUGCGACGGCCAAGCAGGAAUGGCGGCACGCCAUUCGUCCCCGACGUUACUACCCGCCAGGAGAUCGACCGGCGCUUACUGACGCGGUACUCAUCGGCGGAGAUCACGCGAGACUACGCGCACUCCGAGGGAUGUGACCUCGCGCUUCGGGUGGUGUUCGGUGACAGCGGGGAGAGCAAGGGCGCAGGCGAGUGGCAGCUCGAGAUCAAGGACAUGUCGCAACUCAAGGAGUCGAUGAACCAGAUCAAGAAGACGGCCAUCAUGAUCAACGCGGAGGAGCUAGGCUACGGCCACGCCAUCCGGGACGCCUUCGACACGCCGUCUGUCUCGGCGGACGAGCUCGCGCAGAAGCUGUCGGUCCACGCGCGCGCCGUCGCCGCGCGCCGCGAGCGCAAGAUUUCGGAGGCUGUCGAGCCCCCGUCCGAGGCAAUGGGCAAGCUCAAGCUCCAGGCGUCGCCGAAGUCGUCGGCGUCGCAGGAGAUGGGCCGGCGGGAUAGCUACGAUGUUGCGCAGGCGUCGGCCAUCUCGCGCUCCCGUUCGGCCGAGGAGGUGCGCUCGCCGCCCGUCGCUGCACCCGCCCCUCUGCCCGUUAUCGAGGACACGAUGGACUACCCCGAGCCGCGUGAGGAAGUGAGCCGCCUCUCCUUCGGCUCAACGAGCGCAUUCACGUUUGCUGCGACGGCGCUCGCCUUCCCUGCGCCGCCAAGCGACCUGCCGAGCGCCUUGGCCUUCCCCGCUCCGCCGAGUGAUCUUCCCUCGCGCCGUGCAGCGCGCCCUCUGCCCCCGCAGCCGGCUGUUAAUGUCGUCGCGCCAUCGGGAGUGUCGCGCGAGUACGAGGAAGGCAGUGGUGCCGCGACGCCGAUGGGACGCCCGCCGACGCCGCCGCGCACCCGCAGCGGGUCCAUGAGCAGCUCGAAGCGCACGCUGACCGUGCACGACAGCGCGGUGUCAGUCAACUCGAAGGACUCGGGCAGCAGCACGAGCCGCCUGCGCCGGCUGCGCGGCAAGCCGCAGGUCGUCGACAUUAUGGCCGAGUUCUCGGCACUCGAGGCGGAGCACAUGCCGCCAGAAGAGGAGGAGGAGCCGAUCCGGGACGACCGUGCGAGGCGCAUCCGCUUCGCCGGAGAGUAG